AUGCCUCCCUCCUUCGCAGGCCUGACGGGCAAGAAAUUGUCCCUGGCCAUAUCUACCGUCGCGACGACUGGUUUCCUCCUCUUCGGAUAUGACCAGGGUGUCAUGUCUGGUAUCAUCGACGCAGACCCUUUUCAUGAUUACUUCCCCGAGACAAAAGAUAGUACUAUGCAGGGUUUCGUAACGGCCAUUUACGAGAUUGGGUGCUUGCUCGGCGCCAUGUUCAUCCUCUGGAUUGGUGAUCUUCUUGGUCGUCGAAGGGCCAUGAUUCUUGGCGGUUGGAUCAUGAUCGUUGGUGUUAUCAUCCAAGUCACUGCUAUGAAGGGCCACAAGGCUCUUGCGCAGCUCAUCAUCGGCCGAACAAUCACUGGUGUCGGGAACGGCAUCAACACAUCUACCAUCCCAACAUACCAAGCUGAGUGUUCCACCACCACCAACAGAGGUCUCCUCAUCUGCAUCGAGGGUGGUAUUAUCGCCUUCGGCACCCUCAUCGCAUACUGGAUCGACUACGGCUGCUCCUACGGUCCCCAGGACCUCACGUGGCGCUUCCCCAUUGCCUUCCAGUGCGUCUUCGGUCUCAUCCUCUGUAUCUCAAUGGUCUGGCUGCCAGAAUCCCCCCGCUGGCUACUCACCCACGACCGACAUGAGGAGGCCGAGCGCGUCAUCGCCGCCAUUCGCGGCUUCGAAGUCGACAGCGACGAGACCCGCGCUGAACGCGACCGUGUCGUCGACUCAAUCCGUGCCUCUGGUUUCGCUGCUCAGAAGAGCACACCCGUCAAGGCUCUCUUUACCGGUGGAAAGACGCAGCACUUCCGCCGUAUGCUCCUCGGUUCGGGAUCGCAGUUCAUGCAGCAGGUCGGUGGCUGCAACGCUGUUAUCUACUACUUCCCUAUUCUGUGCACCGACAUCUUUGGAGAUAAGAACUUUGCUCUUCUGCUCGGUGGUGUCAACAUGAUCGUCUACGCCAUUUUCGCAACCUCAUCAUGGUUCCUUAUCGAGCGUGUUGGUCGUCGCAAGUUGCUACUCAUUGGUACUGCUGGUCAGAUGCUUUCCAUGUUCUUGACCAUGGGUUUCCUCAUCCCUGGUGGUAAUGACCCUGGUACCAACGCGCCUCAAAUCUCAAAGGGUGCUAUCGCUGGUCUCUUUACUUACAUUGCUUCGUUCGGUGCUACAUGGCUGCCUCUUCCCUGGUUGUAUCCCGCUGAGAUCAACCCUCUCAAGACCAGAGGCAAGGCCAACGCUACAUCGACCUGCACCAACUGGCUGUUCAACUUUGUCAUUGUCAUGAUCGUCCCCAUCAUGAUCUCCAACAUCCACUGGGGAACCUAUCUCUUCUUCGGCUGCGCCAACGCCACAUUCUUCCCCAUCCUUUACUGGUUCUACCCCGAGACUGCCAACCGAUCUCUCGAGGAAAUCGACAUCAUCUUCGCCAAGGGCUUCGUCGAGAAGAUGUCCUACGUGCAAGCCGCCAAGGAGCUUCCCUUCCUUUCUCACGAGGAGGUCGAGCGCGAGGCUAUCCGACUUGGUCUCGUUGAUGAGUCGAGCCGCGGUGGAGUUUUGGAGAAGCCGAAUGAGGAGAGCGGCACAGUCCGCGACGACUCUGGCUUCAACUCUGAGAAGUCUUAG